GUUUAUUAGAUUGUAACAAAACGUAGAGUAGAUAAAAUAACGAGAAAAAUGAAACGUAAGGAAUGGUCAACUGUAUGCUUUCAUGGUUAUAAAACUCCACAAGAACGUAAUUGGGUAUUACAAGAUAUUCGAUCUGAUAAGGCUCCAUUUAUUGUAGCAAUUGACGUAGCAGCUCGUGAACUAGGGACACGAAAUCAAGAAAAUAUAUUAAUUGCUGCACGAUUAAGUACCUGCGAGCACAUGUUUCAAUCUAUUAACUUUGAGUACAUUAAUUUAUUUGACGAAGAAAGUUGGACUGAAUUAGCAGAGUGGACAGGCCUUCGAAGGAGCAAAUCACCCAACGAGUGCUUUCACCACUUCUGUGAUUUGUACCACAAAUUUAAAGUAAUUAAUGAUCAUUAG